CGAACGCGGCAACAUGUUUUACGAGCUCGCUCCUCACCUGACCUUCGCUCCUUGGACAACUUGUUGAUCCUCCUUCGCUUCUGCGAGAGGAUGGAGCGAUAGGCACAGUUUCCACCCGCUCGCAUUGUGCGGUCACAAUGAGCUGCGGCAGACUCUCAGCUGAUGGACUUCCUACGUAACCGAAUGUCAGAUCCAAUGCCUGAUAUUACUGAUGAUUUGAAAAAUGAGAUGCUCGUUUUCGUUUUGACGCUCUGAUUUGCUAUUCUAUAAAAGACUUGCCUAGCUGAUGAUAAGGCGUUGCUGAUUGCUUUAUUACAAAAGCGUUACAUGUAACAAGACAUUUUCCGAAACCGCCAGGAUCUUGUAAAAAAUGUGCAUUGGGAAAUAUUGCAACAUAAUGUGAAGUGAUCUGCCAUUUUAAAUGUUAUUUUCUCAAGACUUUCGCUUUGCGUGUGUGUGUGAUAUCAAAUAGUGUGCAUAAUAAUCUCUCGGGAUAUGAAAUAUUUGAUAACUUGCUGUUGUAUUUGGCCGUAGUGGGUUUUAUUCCUGUGUUAUUUAUUCGUUUGGAGCUAUUUUAUUCUUUGAAAGAAAAGAAUUAUUUUCAAGAAAAGCCAGCGAUUUUAAUAAGCGUUCCUUAGAAUGCAUUUCCACAUUUGUGCUUUAAAUAUUUUAAAUAAGAAGUGUGUUGUUGACAAGAAAUGUGAAUAUGAAAUCCUUGUGGAAUCAUUAUUUGAAUAUUGAAAUCAUUCUCCCCCCCCCCCUCCACCAAAAAAAUUCUUUUUCUAUGCAAAAGGGACAUGUUUAGUUCGGUGAAAUGUGAAUUUGCUUCGAUUUUUAGUGACAUGCAUUUCCACGAUUUUUUUUUUUUGGAGAUAUAAAUAACUGAUGUGCAUCCAUCUUCAGUAUGCUUAUUUGGAAACUGUGAACUUCUUCGGGAAGUUUUCAUUAAAAAAAAUAAAUUUCCUUCGGCUCCAUCAAGUCACCCAUAAAGGUCCAGAAAUAACUUUUCGGUGUUCGCGUGCAUCCAUUUUCUUCAGACCGUGACUUUCUCCCACCUGCUCGAAGAUGCGUGUCAGAUGGAAUCGGCAGCUGGACGGCAGCCUCACCCGCCGGCAAGCCGAAGAGGAGGCGGCGGCGGCUGCGGAACUAUGCAAAGACAAACGCAAGUCCACUUCCAAGAUCUUGAGGAUCUUCCGGCGUAAGAAGCACCAUCGGCGACCCGACGAAGAAUCGGAUAAGAAUCCCGACGCCUCCCAAUGCCCUCCAUCCGACGAAGACUGUGCCUCUGUCAGUUCCGUGGCCAGUCAACCAGUGGCCACGGAACUGUGUCAUCGAGAUCGGACAGUGUCCCUCUUCUCCAGCUUUAGAUUGAACUUUCCUGGGGGAAAGAAGAAAUCGAAGCGUAACGGUGGCACGCCUUUGUUUCAAGGAAAUGAACCUGAGAACAGUCGAUAUUCGAGCCCCGAUCUAGUGAGGGAGAAGCUCGGGGCUGCCGCCCACCCACAAACGGAAUUAUCUAAAUCAUCACCCUCUGUUCGAAAUACAAACGAUCCCGAUACUUCGAUUCCAGGGUAUUUCCCAUCCCUUUGUGAACUGAGGCCGGAGACUUCUGUGUCGUUCCAGCAAUUGAAACAUGCCGGUGCGAAAAGUGGCACAGAUAUUGCAAAGCUUGCCAAAAGCGUUUCGUUUUCUGACUGCCAGGCAACUUUGAAUUCUAAACAGGUGACUUGCGCCAGUGCCAAGAUAUUACGAACUCCGGACGGCCAAACAGAGCCAAAGACGAAGACAUUCGGAGAGAACUCAUUUACUCACUCGACCGAGGUUCAGAAAAAGAUAUGUGAAAGUAAAUCGAUUUUUGAUGAUAAUGAUCCGUUACGUUUGCCUACCCAACCGUCAUUCUGGAAAUCCGCUGCCGAAUUCAACACCGGGGGAGCAAUGAGCGAGAUCAGUUCCAGCAGCCACCGAGUUGAUCGGAGCUGCAAGGAAACUCCUCGGAAUAAAUGUGUAUCCAACGAUGCCCGCGGAAAGUGGUCGAGUGUGGCUCACAACACAGAGACCAAUGGAAAUCUUUUUGAAAGAAGUGGUGAUGGUCCGAAAAUCUGUCCUGUUAGUGAUAUACCUAAUGUGAAAAUAAAUGGAAAUGUGACAGUUGCAUGCGAUGGUGAUCCCGUUUCUCGGAAUAUGUGUUCAUCAAAAUUUUCAGCGUGCGAUUUUUCCCAUGAGUCAUCUUAUAUAGGCAGCUUUAACAACCUACGUACAUCUAUAGAGUUACGAGAUAGCUCUAAUGAAGUAAGCAACGUUUGUAGUGCUGGACAAGUGCCCAAGUCCUUUAAGACACAGGAUGAAAGUGAUAGGUAUAAUAAAAUGCCUUUUAUGAAAUCUACUUCACAGUUACUUAAAAAUAUAAACAUGGGAAGUUCUGCUAGAGAUACUUCUGAAAACGAGGUUUAUAAAAGGGAUAUCGAAUCUUCAACGCUUGAAUCGUUAUCAGUGUUGCAAAAUUUUAAUGAUUCUAUAUGUUUCUCUACGCAUGGUGACAAUUCAAAGAGAAAAGUGCUGUGUAACGGUGAUGUUAAAAAGUAUACGCCUACUGUAGUAACAUUUAACUGUGCACAAAGGGAUGUUUGCAAUUCUAUCCCGAAAACGGACAUUUCUGAAAUUAAUGAUUUAUAUAUGGUGCCAGAUAAUGAAAAACAUCUCCUUAAUGAAAUGCUACUCGACUUUGGGAUAAACACUGAAGAAAAUGAGGAACAUAAUGUUUCUCUCGGUGUUAAAAAUUCACCGAAAUCUGAAAUUGUACUUAAAAAUUCACUUUCAUUAAAUACUUUAUCGUUAGGAAUUAAGAAAUCGAAUUUUGUUAAUGAUUCUGACCAAAGUUUGGUGUGCAUUCCUAUUGAUAAUUUGUCCAUUUCUAGUGAGUUAGUAGAAGCUCAGUCAAUAAUUAAUAAUAGCAUAAAUAAUUUUAUUGAUACAUCAGCUGGAUCUGAUUUUACUUCCAGUGUCUUGGAUGGUAAUGUCGUUGGUUCAAAUAGCCCUGACAUUACAAAGAAGGCCGAAAACACCUUCGCAUCCAUUGUCACUUCAAAUAUUGUUGAAGUAGAUGAGCCCUCUGAACCUAUAGUGAAAGAUGAACCUAUCAUUUGUGUUGAGAAAAAUGAUAUCCCUCAAUUUAAUGCGUCUUUCUCAGCAGCAGUAGUGAAUAAAAAUGCAACAGUAGAUAAAACCCUUGAACCAAAUUACCUGCCAAAUAAUUUAAUGUUCAAAGAAAACGAUGCAAUGUCCAAUGUCACAAUUGGUGAUAUCGACAAGUCGAAUGUAUCCCUUUCCUCUGAUUUAAAGAGCGAAAAAACAUCAAUUGCUUCUUCUAAACACUCCUUGCUUUUAACUUAUUUAAAAUCGAGCAACAACCUCCUGAAUGAUUCGUCCCUGAAGUAUAAUUUUCUGAGCCUAUUGCCUGAAAAUAUUGAAUGGUACAGUUUGUGCAAUUAUUGCUCUAUGUCCAAAAAGGCAUCAGUAUUGAAUGUCACUUGUCCCAUUUUCCACUUGGAUGACCUGAACAACAACGCUUUAUGUGAUGCUGAAAGUUAUUUACAUAAAUUAACAGAGAGAAGUAAUGAUUCUAUUCUUCUUUUUCAAAAUAAUUCGAACUCGGGGAAGUACGCAAGGAGUGUUACCGCGUGGAAUGCUUCAUUUGUUCCGAACCUCAUUUUCCCCUGUGAAAUCUUUCCCAGGCAGAAACAGUGUGUCGAUUUCUCAGGUGGUCGUGCUCCUUUUGACUGCGUCCCCUCUGCAUAUGCCACGGUUUGUGGGAAACUGCGAUUGGAAGAGCGAUGCCCUGAUGCGGUGAGUCCCUUAGGCUCCUCAUCUGAGAGCGUCAUGCUUCACCGAUUCGAUUUACACACAGACGAUAUGGAAAUAACUCGGAUCCUUGUAGACGGAAGCGAAAUGCUGGCCAAGGUGGGUGUAUCCGCCGCUUUCUGUGCAAAAUCCUGCACCAACCCCUCUGUGUUUCUGAAAAGUGAUGAGAUGAAAGGUGGGCAUGCUGAGGAUUACGAUCGCCCCCGUUAUUGUGAGCAAAAUCUCGUCUCUCUUCCGAGCGAAAGUUACAAUCCUUUUUCUGCGGAAAUUACGUUUUCAGGUGAUUGGAAUGUAACAAAACCAUCCUCGAAUUUGUUGGAAUCGACCAACAAACCAUGUGCUGAAGUUGAGGCUAUGAUGAAUGAUAGCUGCUGUAUUGAAAAUGUUUCUGAUUUAAUAUCACUCGGAAGCGAGAUGACUUGUUCAGAAACAUGCAGUGAUAGCAUACCUGCGUCGCAGUUAAUCUCAAAUGGAUAUUAUUCUGGGAGCAGUUUACAGUAUAAACCCGAUGAAGUGGAACCCAUUUCAGAUUCCUAUGAAUCCCUCUUGGGAAAAAAUAUUAAAGAUCAAAUAGUGGUGAAUGGAAGCGGUUCUACCGAAGCUUCCGAUUUAUUAUCACAUGUGAUUGUGACGAUACGUGAAGGUGAGGUUAAAAAUGACUUUUCUACUUUGAAUUCAGGUAUUCCGAAUGAAUAUCCUUUUGCUGAUGAUUUACUGACUAAAUGCAGGAAGGGAAUUUGUGAUAUUUCUAUGCUAUUAUCCGAGUGCGAGGAUCAAGUGGAUUGUGAGCUGGAGAUGAAAGAAAAAAUACAGAUUUUCGAAACUGGAUCUUCUGAAAUAUCUCUAGAAAGUUGUGAUAGUAUAUGUGGCGGAAGGACUACGCAUAAAAACAGUUUGGAGAGAAGCAAGUAUUCUCUGAUACCUAGUUUAAAAAAAACAUUUCACAAGGCUGUCGAUGAAGAGCGAUUGCAAAAACCAUAUAGCAAAAAGUUUAAAAAUGAAGGGAUAACUCGAUCGAGCAUCGAUAACUCUCCUGUGGUUACCAAAAUAAAAAUCACCAGUCAAUUUGAAAAUGCUUCUCCUUCGAAUGUGCUGUCUGAUGACAGUCUUUAUAAUUCUUCAUUUGUGAAUGACCACAGCUGUUCAUCGGAAUCGACAUGCAAACAUUCAGGUGUUGACAAUGAGCAGGUGGCAGUUAGUAGGACAUCAUCAGAAUGCGCAAAGCGAUGUAAAUCCGAGGAGUUGCUCUCCUCCCCGUCGAAAGUGCAAAAAUCCAAAUCGAGGCUCCAAGCUCGUCGACACUCUUCAACGGAGGCGAAUUCUUGCAAUAUCACCUAUGAAGAAAAUAAAGAGUUCGAAACCGCAUCACCUGCCGAUCUGCCUCUUGAAAAAGAAGAAUUGUCUUUGCAGCGUUCCUCUUUGAGUGAGGUGCGAGGUCAGGCGGAGUGCGGUCUGCAGUCAAGAUGUGCAUCUCUGCCGCUGGUAAUGGGUCAAGUCAGAGCAACCUCGCCAUUGAAUUAUGUGCGAAGCAAUCGUCCAAUCAAAGAUGUCCCGCGCGGAAAGUCUCGAAUACCUCGAAAGCAAACUGGCGUGCGGAGCCUGCACUCGAAGCCGGUACGCCCGCCCAUGUGGCUGAGCAAGGCCGAGCUGACGGCUGAAAUCCAGAGGCUGGGCACGCUCUGCGAAGCCCGGACCAAAGAGCUCAACAGGCUCAAGAUGGAGACGAAACACGUGUCUGUCGGGUUCGAUGCCUUCGCUUCGCUCUUCAAGUACAUGGUAGAAGACCUGAAUGCUCUGUCGAUGCCAAUGCUCACUGAGGAUCUGAAGAAAACCCUGAAGCAACUCGAGCUGGCCAAGCAAGAUCUGGCUUUCUACGAGAGAGAAGUGGAAGAAAUGAAAGCACACCACUGCCAAGAACUCAAUGAUCUGUCCAACAAAUUGUUUCAAGUCUUUCACGGAGAAGUGACAGAACUGAGUGCAAAGCACCAGGAAGAAAUGAACCGCUUAAAAAGCGAUCAUCAACUACAAAUUGAGAAUUUAAGCUCUACAUUUGACGCCACCUCUCAGGAAUCUAUAACAAAACAUGAAGCAGCGGUCGCCGAAUUGCAGCAAGAACUCAUCAGUCAAAGAGAAGAGCUGCAGCAGUUGCACGUGCGAGAAAUCGCCGACCUGGAAGCAAAGCAUGCCCAAAGUACAAAGACCCUGCAGGAACACAUCGAGCAGUUGCAGAAGAAGUGUGCCGAGCUCAAGCAGCACUCCAUGGGCAUGGAAGAUGCCAUGCGGAAGGACACGGACACCAAGCUGCAGUGGGUGACUUCUAGGAAAGUUGAUCUCGAAAAAGAAGUGGAAAGUCUAAAAGCAGUAUUAGAAAUGAAGAACAAAGAGCUUCAUACACUUCGAGUACAAAAUUUAGAAAUGGAAAAACAGCUGGAGGAGUUGCCCUUGGCCAGGGAGAAGAUCAAAAUGCUUCAGGCGAGAGCAGAAGAUCUAGAAGCUCUGAUGAUCGAGAAGACCAAGCUAGAAAGGAAACUGUCCACCGAAAACCAGCAGAUCCGAGACACCUACGAACGGGAGAGCAAAGUGAACAAGAGACUCUCCAUGGAGAACGAAGAGCUGCUUUGGCGUAUCCGGCAGGCAGAACAGAGUUUCCUGUCCGACUCCUUUUCUGUUGCAGAAUAUCCAGAAGAUGUUGAGAAUGGCUCCAUUUCUCCAACAAAAUCUCCACCCCCUCACAUGUCCCGUUCUGUGUUCUUCACCUACAUGGACAGAGACGAUCAGACCUCCUCUCCAAGGGCACAGUACAAAAAAGUCACUCCAGGGUUCGCUGCCAGCUACAAGACCUCUCCGUACAAGUCCCCACCAACCCCGAGUCCUCGCAGACCCAAGAGCAACUCAGAACCUCCGCAGCCACUCUCGCAUGGCAGCAGUACGCCCCUCAAAGGUUCCAAACAGAGCAGUCUCAAGCAGAAAAAAAGGCCGAGGUCCGGCAGCGACUGCGGGAAAGUCAACAGUGACCAGGCUGACGUCACCUUCCUGUCCAUAGCGGGCAGCAUGACUUCCUCCAUGAGCAGCGAGAACUCGGUGUUCGGGGAGCGACUUCUGGAAGAGCACAAGGAACAGAUUUUGGAAUCUCUGGAGAUCCUUCGAGAACAACGAAGCACAGAGAGCAGCAGAGGGGAAGAGACAACGCCGAGCCUGGAGGGCGAGGACAUGUCCCGCUCCUCCGAGUUCUCGGAUCCAAAGACUUAUUACCACAUGACCUUUCCUGUAUCAGGAAUGCCCGAUUGUGACAUCAGCGUGGCAGCACAAGCUAUACAUUCCACAUCGGAGAGUACCAGUCCCGCAGGGGAAACACAGAGCGUCGGUACAUCUGCAGGCGAUUGUGAAAAGGAAGAGGGAGACAGUAUUGAUUCAGCCAAAAAUGUCCACGAGUCCAAAGAAGAUCGAUGGAGAACUAUUUAAUGAGACUCCUUUAUGUUUUGAAUGGGAGCAUAUAUUAAGGACGAGCUUUAAUGGGAUGAUCCUGAUAUUUUAUAUAAAAUAUCAUUGCCAAAAAAUUCACAAUUUUUUAAGGUUUUCUGAUCUCAUUUCAUUAAUAUAAGAAGGAUUCGCAUUAUUUUAUGAUUUGAUAUUACUUUGAAAACUUCCAAUUAAAUGCAAGAUAAUUACGUUUGAAAUUUAUAUCUGAAUUUUUCUUUAUUGAAGUGAUUUAAACUUUUUUUUUUUUUUCAUAACAGUAAUUAUGUUUUUUUCACAGAUUCUAAUAUUAGUUUUAGGAAUUGCGCUGAGAUUUAGGGCAAGACAAGCGAAGCUUAUAAGAACAAAUAACUUAGAUCUUUAUUCUAAAAUUAAAAUUUAUAUUUACCGGUGAAGAUUGAUUUAUUUCUAUGUCUUAGAAGUGUAGAUAAUAAAAUGUUGUUAAUGAAUGUUUUAUAACGACUGUGGAAAGUAACAAAAGUUCAGAAGUGAAUGUAAGGAAGAAAAUGUUAUGUUUCUAUAAAUGAAGAUAUGCCAAUUAAUUUAUGUAUAGAUAUUUUAUCUGAAGUUAAAAUAAUUCUAGUCAUCUAGAAUGCCAUGCAUUUUAGUAAUAUAACAAUUUGCCACAAAGUGUAUUAGCUAUAAACAUGAAAUAGCUCAUUAAACAUAGCGAGUUUAUUUUGGUUUCCGCUUCUUACAAAGUUUUAAAUGUUUUACUUAAAUACAAUGUACAUUUUAUUCUAUACUUUCGACUGCCCUCUUUGUCAGGUGUUAAGAAUUUGUUUAUAUUUUAUCUAAACAGAAGACGCAUUCAAGCAAUGCCAAUUCAAUUUGAAACCUUAAGACUGUUGCUAUGCCAAUUGCUGUUAACAAUUGCUAUGCUUCCGAAUUUGAAUCGCUAAGUUCAUUGUUCAUCUCGACCUUGGCAGAAAACAAAUAAUUUUUUGGUAAUAUUGAGCAAAUGAAUAGAUUACCCUCCAGAUUCACUGUAGCUUUGUGUGAUUUAGUAACUGCUUUUCCAAAUACAAAAAUGUUGUCUUUAAGAACAAAGAAAAUGUGAUUAAUUUAAGUAUGACUGAUUGUAUGUAAUAUA